AUGUCAGACUUAGGUGAAAGUCCUGAGUACUCUUUUUCAGGGAAUGAACUCGAUUAUGAAGAGGAAGUCACUUGGAUAGAAUGGUUUUGUUCUCUGAAGAGAAGCGAAUUUUUUAUUGAAGUUGAUGAUGAUUAUAUCAUGGAUGACUUUAAUCUAACUGGCUUGAGUGAGCAUGUUAUAUAUUAUGAUGACGCCUUGGACAUGAUACUGGACCGUAUUGAUGAUGAUUUUAGUGAGGAUGAAAUUGGGACUGUUGAAGCCUCAGCACAACUACUAUAUGGGCUAAUUCAUGCUAGAUAUAUAUUAACAUCUAAAGGGAUGCAUUUAAUCUUUGAAAAGUAUCAAACACAGAAAUAUGGGACAUGCCCAAAUGUAGCAUGUAAUAAUUUUCCCUUACUACCUAUUGGGCUAAGUGAUUCACCCAACGUUAAUAGCUGCAAAGUAUACUGCCCUCAAUGUAGUGAAGUAUACAAUCCUAAAUCCUCAAGGCUAUCAGUUAUAGAUGGUGCAUUCUUUGGGACAAGUUUUGCUCCUUUGUUUACUAUACAAUAUGGGUUGGGUGCUACUAGGAACAAGGAACUUGAGUAUUACAUACCAAAAAUAUAUGGAUUUGCUGUUUUUAAAAAUAAAAGAGAUAUAGUACUAGAUAGUGAUCACGAUAUGAACUCUGAGGACCAGAUUACAACGAAGAUGAACAAGCAUAAUGACUAA